UGUUUGCGCACCAUAACCAGGCCAAACGCCCCCCGAACGCUUCGCGCCCCUCUUCGGCCUUCAUGAAGCGGCGCGUUUGCCAUCGGGAGGGUCUUUAAAUGCCACCCCAAGCCGAACAAUUCUAGAAAUAGCGCAAGCCAUGCAAGGCCCACAGAGCCCAAACGCUCGCCCCAGACACACGCUCUGCCAUCGUAUUUACGCGCGCGAAAAAUCCACGAAAAUCCAAACGCGUUAUUUCAUCGAGCGAAUUCCAGUCCAACUUUUCCAGAUUGUGCAAGUUUCUGCGCACGGAAUCAGCACGAACGGCGCACUCCUCUCGCACGCGGAGCUGCUGAAACAAAAGCAAUAUGCACGGCAAAAGUUCAUCUAUACGUCCUCGUGCUCGAAAUCUUUGAUUGCAUGGUCAGAAAAAGUGUGCUUGUACAGACAUCAAAAAGUUUUCGUUUUGCUCACACUGGGUUUUUGUUGCGCCAACAGUGCAGAUUGAUGAUGAUCCUGUCGCUACAACAUGAUAAGCAACUAUACUUCCACGCCAGACUCAGAGUAAGUGGCUAGCCAAUCACACUGAAGUUAUCUUCACAAAGACGCAAAAUUUACAUGCUGCAGCUCGCUGUCAUGCCUACUUAUCCGUGCACGAAGACGCGAUUUGCAACGCAUAUGGAAGCAGAAGAAGUGAAAGACGCACUGUACUUGGUUUUCCUCAUAUCGUGGCGAAAAGUGCGCAGUUAUUUCAAAUGCCGCACUAGUAGCGAAGGGAUCAUCGUGAAAAUCUGUUCUACAACUUCCGCAGUUCGGUGUCUGCGCUACGACAAGUGCUCUAAUAUCUCGAAAACAAAACCAACUGGAAUGCAACUGUAAGAGCCUACAGAGCUUUAUUUACCGACGUUCACCCACUGUGUUUGAUGGCAAAAAUUUUCGUUGGCGUCAUGACAAAAUUUGUGAAAAGUUUCGACUUUAUGCGACAUGUUGUUUCUCUGCGCAGUUUUCAGCACCAUUCCCGAAUCAUUUCACGGAGCACGAACGGCUGCAGACCAUCGAAUUUUGGCUGGGGCGACGGCGCGUUCCGGCCGGCGGGUUCCGGUCGCUGUCGCCGAAGCCGGCCCUGGCGGUCCUGUGCGGGAGGAAAAAGAAGGAGAAACUUCCCGCGGCGCACGUGUGCUUUCACCGGCUGGAUGUGCCCUACUACGACCAGCAGAACGGCGAAGAAGAAGAUGUAGUUCGUGAAGGCGACCUGCUGGACGGAGAAGUGCUGGGGGUUAUGUUGGAGCAAGACCAUGAUGGAAACAACAUCAAGACGUCGAGUGCUACGGCUGCCAGAUUUUCGGACCGCAAGAGGACGCGAAUAUCCUCCAUGGCAGAGGUGAUUGUUACGCAGAGGGAAACAAAUUUUUGCACAGAAAAAAAUCCAAAACCACGUUUGCCUUUGCACUGGCUGUUGUGUGUCUCGUCUUGCAGCUUGGAGGCUCGAUUUUUCGGGAUCUUCAAAUGUGAGCACGCAGGUGUUGGGCUUGGCCGUGGGCUGAAAACAAGCGGGUAGUUUUUGAAGUGUGUGCCAAGCCAAAGCCAAUAUAGAAAUUCUUGCAAUGCGCGCAUUCUUGCGGCCUGUGGUGUCGUGAGCAGAAUUUUUACGGCAGCCUGCGCCAGCUGAGGACAACAUGGUUUAUGGUUGGUUAUCUGUUUCUCCCGCUUCUUCGCUCCAUAACGCCACAGAAGCUGCGACUUGCGAUCAGCUACACGGGGACCGCGAUAUCGCUGGUGUAAGGAGUAGCGAGAAAAAGAUGCAGAGCACUCCUUACAGCGCUGAAAACUGAAGGAGAACUUUCUCGCACCUUCGAUGAUGUUAUUUGAUGUAAGGAGCGCACUUGCUCGAGUCGACGCAUGUUGAUUUGCAUCAUGAUGUGACUAAAGUUUCGCGACGGCAACGAGUCCAGCGCUUCCGUGGAAAAUGGUGCUGCUGGUCCUGAUUCCGAAAAAAGAAGCAUCCGCAGAAAUCAAGCUGCUCGUGUUUGUCGCUUUUUGUAGCUGCCCAAGCAGAAGGGUGUGACCUGCUUGGUACAGGCAAUAAGAAUGGGUAGAAAGUCCGGCGUAUUAAUCCGCGAUCAUUUGCGAGUAAAAAUAUGCAGUCGAUUCCACCAUGCGCGACAAGCUAUUAGACAAGCUGAAACGAUGAAUAUGACGGCAAAGCGAUCCAGCAACAGAAGAUCAGGAGAAUUUCAAUCAUCAUCGUCGCGACAUGAUCCUGCUCAGGGGC